AUGUCUAUCCCUGUUGCAUUCAACGAUAUCGGUAAGCCUGCAAAGGAUCUGCUCACCAAAGAUUAUCCUGUUGGCGGUGUGAAGCUGGAGGUCAAGACCACAGCUCCCAAUGGCGUUACUUUCAAAGUGAAUGGUAACCGUGACAACAAGACUGGUAUCAUCGUAGGCGAUCUCGAAACCAAGUGGGCCGAUAGAAAGAAUGGCGUGUCUGUCACUGAGGUGUGGACUACCUCCAAUCAUCUCAACGGCAAGAUUGAGUUGGAGAACAGUUUUGCUAAGGGCCUCAAAGUAGAGGUGAUCACUUCUCUCCUUCCCUCAAUCAAUGAAAAGGGCGCCAAGGUGAACGCUACUUAUAAGCAGCCUAAUUUCCAUACUGUUGCUACCCUGGAUGUAUUCAAGAACAACUUGAUUCUCAAUUCCGUUGUUGGCCGUAAUGGAUUCCUUGUUGGAGCUGAGGUUGCUUAUGGCGCAAGGGAGUCAAAGAUCAGUAGAUACCAUGGUGCUAUUGGGUACUCCACCGAUGCGUAUGCUAUCGCUGUGCAUGCCACUAACAGCAUGUCCCAAUACACUGCCUCCUACUAUCAUCGUGUCAAUCCUGACUUGGAAGCUUCUGGUAAGGCUAUUUGGAGCAACAAGGCUUCCAUCGAUGGUGUUGCUCUUGAAGUUGGUGCUAAGCUUCGCCUUGACAGCACCGCUUUUGUCAAAGGCAAGAUCACCAAUUCUGGUGUUGUAGGUGCUUCUUUCACUCAACUUGUUCGUCCUGGCGUCAAGAUCAACAUUGGCGCUACUGUAGACACAAACCGCUUGAAUGAAAAUGCUCAUAGGCUCGGCGUUGCCUUGACUUUUGAAAAUUAG